GGCCGUGGCGCGCGCGCGCCCUGACAGCUCGGCCCUGCUCGCUCACUCGCUCGUUCCCGGCUUCCGAGCACAGCAUGGCGGUCAAGGUGCAUACAACCAAGAGAGGUGAUCCUCAUGAGCUGAGAAACAUAUUCCUACAGUAUGCCAGUACUGAGGUGGAUGGAGAACAUUACAUGACCCCAGAAGACUUCGUUCAGCGCUACCUUGGCCUGUACAAUGACCCCAACAGCAACCCAAAGAUUGUGCAGCUCUUGGCAGGAGUAGCUGAUCAAACCAAGGAUGGGUUGAUCUCCUAUCAAGAGUUUUUGGCAUUUGAAUCUGUUUUAUGUGCUCCAGAUUCCAUGUUUAUAGUGGCUUUCCAAUUGUUUGACAAGAGCGGCAAUGGAGAGGUGACAUUUGAAAACGUCAAGGAGAUUUUUGGACAGACUAUUAUCCACCACCACAUCCCUUUUAACUGGGACUGCGAAUUCAUCCGGCUGCACUUUGGGCACAACCGCAAGAAGCACCUGAACUAUGUGGAAUUCACUCAGUUUCUGCAGGAACUGCAGUUGGAACAUGCAAGGCAAGCCUUUGCGCUCAAAGACAAGAGCAAGAGUGGCGUGAUCUCAGGUCUGGAUUUCAGUGACGUCAUGGUCACCAUUCGGUCCCACAUGCUCACUCCUUUUGUGGAGGAGAAUUUAGUUUCAGCUGCUGGAGGAGGCACGUCACACCAAGUUAGCUUCUCCUACUUCAACGCGUUUAACUCCUUACUCAACAACAUGGAGCUUGUUCGUAAGAUCUACAGCACUUUAGCGGGCACGAGGAAAGAUAUCGAAGUCACAAAGGAGGAAUUUGCCCAGAGCGCCAUACGCUAUGGACAAGUUACUCCGCUAGAAAUUGAUAUCCUGUACCAGCUUGCAGACCUAUAUAACGCUUCCGGGCGCUUGACUAUGGCAGACAUCGAGAGAAUAGCUCCGCUGGCUGAGGGGGCCUUGCCUCACAACCUGGCGGAACUUCAGAGACAGCAAUCUCCUGGCUUGGGCAGGUCUAUCUGGCUCCAGAUUGCGGAGUCCGCUUACAGGUUCACUCUGGGCUCGGUCGCUGGAGCUGUGGGGGCCACAGCAGUGUAUCCCAUAGAUCUGGUGAAGACCCGGAUGCAAAACCAGCGUGGCACGGGCUCUGUGGUUGGGGAGCUGAUGUACAAAAACAGCUUCGACUGUUUUAAGAAAGUGUUGCGUUACGAGGGCUUCUUUGGACUCUACCGAGGUCUGAUACCCCAGCUGAUAGGAGUUGCACCAGAAAAAGCCAUUAAGCUGACCGUUAAUGAUUUUGUCCGGGAUAAAUUUACCAAAAGAGAUGGCUCCAUCCCACUGCCGGCAGAAAUCCUCGCUGGAGGCUGUGCCGGAGGCUCGCAGGUCAUCUUUACCAACCCACUGGAGAUAGUGAAGAUCCGCCUGCAGGUGGCGGGAGAAAUCACCACGGGGCCCAGAGUCAGCGCUCUGAACGUGCUUCAGGACCUGGGACUCUUUGGGCUGUACAAGGGUGCCAAAGCGUGUUUCCUCCGAGACAUUCCCUUCUCCGCCAUCUACUUUCCUGUGUACGCUCACUGCAAACUCCUUCUGGCUGAUGAGAGUGGACGCGUGGGAGGCAUCAAUCUCCUAGCGGCUGGAGCCAUAGCAGGUGUGCCCGCUGCUUCUCUGGUGACCCCUGCUGAUGUUAUCAAGACAAGAUUGCAAGUGGCUGCCCGGGCUGGCCAGACAACCUACAGCGGCGUCAUCGACUGUUUCCGGAAGAUUCUCCGGGAAGAAGGGCCAUCAGCAUUCUGGAAAGGGACUGCAGCGCGAGUGUUCCGGUCCUCCCCUCAGUUUGGCGUCACACUGGUCACCUAUGAACUUCUGCAGCGGUGGUUCUACAUCGAUUUUGGAGGCCUCAAACCUUCGGGCUCAGAUCCGACACCGAAGUCCCGCAUCGCAGACCUCCCUCCUGCCAACCCUGAUCACAUUGGUGGCUACAGACUUGCCACAGCCACGUUUGCUGGCAUCGAAAACAAGUUCGGCCUUUACCUCCCCAAGUUUAAGUCUCCUAGUGUGGCCGUGGCUCAACCCAAGGCAGCGGCAGCAACUCAAUGACGUGGCAACUGCAGACCGAGGCCCAGGAGAACGGCCGGUACCGCGUCCAGUCAGCUGCAUCGUCCUGUCUGCGCUGGGGUCAACCACUUUCUAUGCGACCUAUACGUGUAUUGUUUAUAAAGCGAUCAUACGCCCAGGGAGAACCGCAGUGCAGUUUCAAGCUUUAGUCUUAUCUGUUGAAAUGUUUUCUGAGCCUUGGCAUGAAUUCCGUGUUCUAGACUCUGCUUCGCACAGCUUGUCCCUGCAGUGACUGUACAUAUUGUACAUCUUUGUACAGAGACACCUUGGCACCUCAUCCCAACAGAUCACAUUUAUAGAAAUGGUAAAGCAGUUCUCAGUGGCUUGAACUGUACAGAAUGUUUUGAAAGUGUUUUAUUAAGAAUCAUGUACGAAUAAAUGUACUAAAGCUAAAUCCAUUCUCCUCUUGGUGACUUGCGGAAGUCAGCUUCAGCGUUGAAUAUAUCCGACUCCAGUUUCCAUCCUGGAACAGGAAGGGGUUUGCUGAUGACAGGCAGAACGAGAUGAUGCUCGAGGCAUCGAGCAAGAGAUGGUUUGAAACGGCGCAUGCCGGUGGAUGCCGGAGGACCAGCUGAUGACUUGUGUGCGCCAUGUGUUUCCAGUCAUUUGUUGUGGAGUGCAAGCUUCCCGUUAACCGGAAGAGGCUGCUCCUGUCCUCACACACACGGCAGCAGGGUGGGCUCCAGCUCGGCUCCCUUAGUUUGCUUUCCUCCUGUGCAGCAAGGUAAAGGCUAAGAUGUUGAAAGAGCAAAGUUUGGAAGUUUCCCUCCGUAUGGUAUGAUACGAAUCAAAAAUAAAUGCCCAGCAAAAUGUC